AUGUUUACGCCUCUCGGCUGUUUUGGGGACAUAAUCUGCCCACGAGGGAAGGAAUGCACCCUGUUGAAAUGCCUUUUCUUGCACUCGAUUGAGACGAAUAACACAGGCGAGCAGCGUCUGAUAUCAGUGGACACAGGACCUCCUCCAAAAAGGCCCAAACUGGAAAGCAGCACUGAUGGCCCAUCUAAUCCUUACAGGGGAUCUGCACUCGAAAUGGGGCGACGUGCGUCGCAGGCACCUGUUUCCAAGCCACCAAGUGGGAACCAGGACGCUCUGAAAGCGCAAAUGAGCAACCAAGCUAAUCCCAAGUCACCAAGUCACGCUGAGUCCUCAAUGUCUUCCGAGAAAGAGCCUAUGAAACUCAGCAAUGCUCCUGCUAAAAUUGCACAACUUCCCACUCGCCAGGCUCCGAAAGAAAGUUUGAAUCCUCGCAUGCUCAAAUCUGCACCAGCAACACAUACUACUCGGACUGCUAUUCUAAAAAAGCUUCACUCUACUAUGACAAUUCAAAAUGAGAAACUGAGCAAGGACAAGGAUGAAUCGAACCGAUGUUUCAUCCUGACUCCCGACGAAGUCAUAACAAUGGCUCUGGAUGAGGAGGAGAUGUAUGCUAGGGAACACCCGGGUGUCUAUGGCAAUGUCAUCAAACUUCGAAUUGUGAAAAUUACGAAAAUGAAGAUUGACGAUUGGGUCAAAGAGGUGAUGGCUCACCUGAAUGGGCGAUACUAUAAGAUCAACCCCAUUGAAAACCCUCGGAUGGGACCCAAACCUGUUAACACAGGCCUCACUCCUGCAGGAGAGAUUGCCAUUGUGUCUCACCUCGUCACACCCCUCGCUGGCCUCGAAGAACAUGGGUAUGUCACAAAAGCUCCAACCAAGGCCGAGAUGGAGUCCGCCCAAAAAGGGGUCGACGAGUCCAAGGGUUGGGAGAAAUGCGACAGAUGCAGCCAACGGUUCCAGGUAUUCCCGGGUCGCCGUGAAGAUGGCACCCUGACCACGGGGGGCCAGUGUAACUAUCAUCCAGGACGACCCGUCCACCCUCCCCGCAAGAAAACAGACCAUGCCACAGGUCCCGCGCAACCUUACUUCCCGUGCUGCAACGAAUCAUUGGGCGCCUCUACUGGCUGCACCAAAGCCGACAUGCAUGUCUUCAAAGUUUCAGAAACCAAGCGACUUGCAUCCAUCCUUCAAUUCAAAACUACCCCACCGCAACCCGACAAAGGUCCCCUGGAGCCCGUCAGCAUUGAUUGUGAGAUGGGUUACACGACUUUGGGUAUGGAGAUGGUUCGUCUCACUGCUGUCAGCUGGCCUGGAGGUCGGGAGCUCCUCGAUGUGUUAGUGCGACCCACGGGCGAGAUCCUGGAUCUUAACACGCGCUUUUCCGGAGUGACACCUCAACACUACGCCUCUGCCAAACCCUAUGAUCCUACGGUUUCUAGUUCAGAACCAACCUCCGCCGAUGAGAAAGGGAAGGCCAGUGCACCUUUGCAGCUCGUGCAGUCACCCGCAGAGGCUCGUGAGUUGCUUUUGAACCUCCUCCAGCCGGAAACGCCUCUCAUCGGCCAUGCCAUCGAUAACGACUUGAAUGUCUGCCGAAUCAUCCAUCCUACAGUUAUUGACACCGUCCUCCUGUAUCCCCACCCAAGGGGGCUUCCCAUCCGCAUCGGCCUCAAGGCCCUUGUGCAGAAACAUCUUGGCCGCGACAUACAGAUGGGAGAUAAUGGGCACGACUCGAAGGAGGAUGCUAUUGCUACGGGCGAUUUGGUGAGACUCAAGCUAGGCGAGAGGAUGAAGGACCUCCAGAGGAAAGGUUGGAAAAUUGAGAACGGCUUACCCGUUCGUCCUAAUGAUCAACACCGCAAGAAAGGCCCUAGCAGGUAG